CCCUUGCCGCGUGCUCAGUCAGCUCAGCUGAAAUGCAGGCCAAAGGCUUGAGGGCUCCAUCCUGGGGAGUGCUUGUUCUGCUCGUGGAGGCCUGAUCACCCUUUAGACUUUGCCGGGUUAAUCCAACACAGACCUUGGCUGCAACUGGCUCUCCUUUUCGCAGCUGCCCUUUGACCGGACUGCCUGUAUCAGUUAGGAAAGCGCACGCCAGUGGUGCCCCAGGAAGGCCAGCAAAGGCAUCUCGGCGUCUCUGCCUUCAGCAACAGGAUGUGACUGCUGGGGCUGCCACGCGCUGCAGCCUCUCUCCCAUGGCCCUGGGGCGUCCCUGCAGCUGGAAGAGGGUGUUUUGCCUGAGCGCCGUCCUGUCAUUCCUCUUCUGCUGCCUAUUCCUGCUGCCCAAUGCCACCCACAGGGAGCGGCAGGCCUCUGCCCGCUUCUUUGCUGCCUGGCAGGGGCCCUCUCAGAGGACUCAUCCUGUAGCGGCAGCUUCAGCCCCUGGGGGCGUGGACUUUGGGCCUCUGUUCUCAGGCGCUCGCUCAGAGCCACACUGCGAGCCCCAGCAGGUGCUCCUGAUCCUCGUGACUUCAGCCCCAGGCAAUGCAGCGCCUCGGCAGGUGAUCCGGAAGACCUGGGCCACCCAAGACAGGCGCCAGCCUUACCCGUGGCAGGCAGUGUUCCUGAUUGGCCAAACCACACCUGAGGGGUCUGCCUGGCAGGUCCAGCAGGAGCAGCGGGAGUUCAGGGACAUCCUGGUUGGGAACUACCUAGACACCUACCGCAAUCUCACCCUGAAAGUGAUGCACGGCCUCAAGUGGGCUCUUGAGCGGUGCCGGCCCAGCUAUGUCCUUAAGACAGACGACGACUGCUUUGUCAACACCGAAUGGCUGCCGGAGUUCCUGGCCAGGAGGAACGCCAUCAAGACGGGGCUCUACGCCGGCUCCCUCUUCCCUCGGGAGAAGCGGCAAGUCAUCCGGCAUCCCUCCAGUAAGUGGUACGUUUCGAACCAAGAUUACCCCCCGAAUGAGUACCCACCGUACGCCAGUGGCGUUGGCUACAUCCUGUCCCUGGAUGCGGUCCGGCGGAUCAUGCAGGCGGCGGAGCACGUCCGCCCCAUCCCCGUGGAGGACGCCUACUUGGGCAUCUUGGCUCAGCGGGCCGGCCUCCGCCUGCAACCGAGCGCACGCUUCGCCAAGCAGAACGCGAGAUGGCGGCUCUGCAACUACCGCUACCUGAUGGUGAUUCACCACCUCAGUGCACGGGAGCAGGAGGCCGCAACCCAGAGCGUGCGGGAGGCCCGCAGCGCCUGCCGCGAGACCCUCGAGAUCACCCAGUGGAAGUGAGCAGCACGAUCGACCGAAGGGGAGGCUCUCCCCGUGCUGCCCCCACAAGAGCUUUGCUGUGUCCUCACUGGCCACAGCCACUGCUGCUCCCCCCUGGCAGCCACCUCCUGGCCUGAGAGACAGGCGCUCCUAGGGCUGCCCAAGACUCUGCCUGACGUCCCGAGUCCCUCUUGCCAGUACCGUCUGCUCUGGCCGGCUGGCAGCAGGUUCCCAGCAUCUGGAGCAUGGGAUGCCUUCCCAGCGCUGCUCUCCCAAGUCCUUUGAAAUGGAGCUGCCAGAGAGUGGCUGUGGGACCUGCUGCCUGCAUGCAAAGUACGUGCUUGAGCCUCAGCGCUCCCUUCAUCAGGACAGGCUGCUACAGCCCUAACUGUGGCAGGCCCUUGGUCCCUCUGAGAGAUGCUUGCUGUCCCAGGCCUCGGCGCGCGCAAGAGAGAGUGAGCAGCCUGGAGCAGCUGUCUUGCCCAAGCCGGAGAUGCCCAGGGUUCUCCCGGGGGACCUUCUGCUUGCCACGCGUGGGCCUCCCCACGGAACGGAGGUCCUCCCCCAGAAUCCAUACCCUUCCUGCCUUCUACC